ACGUGAACUGUACGAUAGCAAGUUGAACAACACUUCCAAAGAAAACGGAGACAGCCCCGACUCCCAUCCAGCUCUCAGAUCACACAAUGCUGCACCUUCCGGCCUCCGUGCUCUCCCUGGAGUCAAACAACUCCCAACCCUUGACCCCCGCACCAAACAACUCAUGGAAACCACUCCCCCCAGCAGCCGACCAACCCCAAUGUCUCCUCCUCCAACUCCCCUCCGAGCUCCGCAAUCGUAUCUGGGAUCUCGUCCUCCUCACCCCAACCCCCAUAAUCAAGGUCUCGCCAACCUACACCACCCCCUCCCUGCUCAACACUUCCCGCCAACUCCGCACCGAAGCAGGCGACCUCUACCACGGCAGCGCAACGUUCGUCCUCCGCGCCGAACGCGGCGGAACUAGCGCUUCACAGCAGCAAUCCCACUUUGUCCACCGCAAUCCCUCCGGCUUAUGCGUACUGUGGCUCGCGACGCGCGCUUUUGGCGGUAGUGAGCGGGUUCGCAGCGUGUGUUUGGAUUUGUACUCGCCUGUGCGCAGCUCGCAGCAGGGAUGGAUGGAGGUGUGGAAGCCGAUUGCCGUGCAGAUUGUGCGGGAUCGCAUUGUUGCGCUCAAGUUGGGCGAUGGGAUUGUUGUUGGCUUGUGGUCUGCGGCCGGGGUUUAGUGUGGUGAAGGUUGAUUUGGAUUCUUGUUUGGGCAUGCGAGGCGCGGAUUGAUCUCGUCUUUCUCUCAUUUUAGACUUGAGCAACAUGAAUGCAUCUAGACAUAUGCC